AUGAAUUUUCAGCGACCUCCUCUCUUUCUUCGUGGACUGAUACCUCUCUGUUCCUGGCAGUACGAGCGUCAGUUCAACACAACUCGAAUUCCGAUGCCCGAAAAAGACGUGAUUGUUCAUUGGACCAGUUCUUAUCACAUCUCGGUUUACCACAAGGGUCGUUACUUUAAAUGCCCACUUAUGCAUCAAGGUCGGCAACUUCUUCCUGCUGAGUUGGAAAUAAUGUUCCAAUCCAUACUUGAUGAAACCAGCUUGCCGGCCCCUGGUGAAGAACACUUGGCUGCUAUGACUGCAUCGCCUCGUGACAUUUGGGCGGCAACACGCGCCACUUACUUAGCUUCAGAUAUAAAUAGGAAGACUUUGGAGGCAGUUGAAAAAGUUAGCUACUUUUAUUGCGAUGAAACCACUAAUUUCUCCCUUUUCUCAACUAGUAACUUAUAUUUGUUUAUCCAUUUAUGGGUCUGCCUGUAUCCAUUAUUAUCAGAUCCAUUCACUUAUCUAGAAAAUCUACUGAAUUAUUGUCUACCUACCCAUCAAAACAAGGGAGUGGUUAAUUUAUACUAUAUCCUAUUUUUGUAA